AUGACCAAUCCAUCGGCACAUGAAGAAUGCCUAAGCGCAUACAUUCUCACCUUUAACUGUGCUCGAAACCCAAUUCACCAAGACUACUUCGCAGCCCAUCUCUUCGAUGUCUUGCCGCAACAACAAUACAACUCCGCGCCACCUGAGUUUCUGGUCUUGAGUUUGCAAGAGGUUGCGCCUAUAUAUUCUGCUUUUCUGGGUGGAUCGUUUCUUAUUCCAUAUUUGAGCGCUUUUCAGAAGGCUGUUGAUAUUGCGACGCGGAAUCGAUGGCCGUGUAGUACUGCCGAGGAUGACAGGGUCAGAUAUGUGAAUGUCGUCACGCAUCAUUGUGGACUUACAGCACUACUCGUGUUUGUCAGAUCCGAUAUAGUUGAUAAGGUGGUCUGGACGGAUACAGCGGAGGUUGGAGUCGGGCUACUGGAAAUGGGUAAUAAAGGUGCAGUCGGAGCGCGGCUGGGUUAUGUGACGAGCAAGUCCUCUGGCAGAAGCGAGACGAUGGAGUUGACCUUCGUAGCUGCUCAUAUUGCGCCUAUGGAAGAUGCAUAUGAGCGCAGGAAUCAGGACUGGAGGAGCAUUGUUGAGCGGUUGGUUUUUACAAGGUCUGCUGGCGAUGGUGAUCGCGGUGACAAUGGUUACGAUGAGGAUACUCAUCUUCUUCAGCAAGAUACAAAAACUGAAGAGUCUGGAAUGUUUAGUCCACGGUCACACUUUUUCUUUGCUGGAGACUUGAAUUAUCGUACUUCCGAUGUACCACCUAUACCUGGGGAUCAUACCCGAUACCCCCAACCACACGCCACCCCCAAUGAUGCAAUUCAUCAUACGAAACUGUUAAAAAACGAUCAACUCACAAGAGAAUUACUCGCUAAACGUACUCUUCACGGCCUAUCAGAAGCACCAAUCACAUUCCCACCUACAUAUAAAUAUUCAGAGGAAGCUCAGAAAGCAGCGUUAUCCGGAGAACAAUCCCAAGAAUCCAGCAACGGCUGGAAAUGGGCAAACAAACGUUGGCCAAGUGAUGUUCAGGUUCAAGGUUAUAACGCGUUACCUUUGUUUCCGACGUCUGAUCAUCGUGCGGUUGCACUUGCUGUGACUAUACCAUUACAACCAAUUACUCCUCCAGCAUCAUCUCAACUUUCAGGCGUCGAUGAUGUCCGAUUGCAUCCACCAUUCCCCAUCGAUCCUACAUGGAGGACAAGACGGGAAAAUGCUCGAAUCAAAGAGGUUGUCGUCGGAGGGCUUGCCUAUCUAGCCUUGACUUGGGAGGGAAAUGGCAUUUUACUGGCUUCGGUGGCCGGGAUGUUUGGUGGGUGGAUUGUGCUUCGGUCUUUGCUCUUGGGUGAGGUUUCUGGUGGUUUGGAGAUUUAG